CUUGCAUACCCAGCGAUACGAUCAUUCCAACACUUCUGGAUGCGAUCUCUCACCACCUAAGCCGACCAGCUGCGUCCGGUCUCGCUGGCUGCCUUCUGACCUUCGCCACAACCUCGACAAACAUAAUCCACCAUGCGACCGCUACGCUUCCUGCUCACCCUUAUCUCCUGCUGCCUCGCCUUCCUCCUUCUUCUCGCCAUCGGACCAUGGAUAGGCUCUUCCCGCGCAGAGACAUCUACGCAAGAGAACUACAACUCCUACUACUGGCACACGCCUUCCUCCCUCUUCCCUCCUUCGGCGAUCAUCAGCAUUACCGAUGACAACUCCACAAACUUCCUUGCCAGACCUGCUGCGUUUGGUCCUUUACUACCCUCGAAGAGUCUGAGUGGCCAGCUAUGGAUCGGAAGUGGAUUCGGAGAUGAUCAUUUGGGAAGAGGUGGCUCAGGCGCUGGCGCAGAGUUGGGAUGCAGUGAUGUUCCAGGUUGGGAGGAUGGCAAGUGGUACGGAGCGAAAAAGAUUCCGGCCGACGUGAAGGGCACAACAGCGGAGAAAAUGAUGGCGAGUACGGGCAAGGAGAGGCGAUCACUGAAAGAGGGCGAAGACGAGGAGGAUAAUGACGAGGCACAACCGACAGAGCACGACGGCACAGACGACCAUCUCCAUCACCCACUGCUAGACACUGGGAAGCCAGCUGGGACUGGCAAGAAGACGGCGCAUGCGGACAUUCAGUCUUUACAGGAAAGCGCGGAGAUUGCAGGCAAGGUCGUGCUGCUCAGUCGAGGUGGAUGCGGCUUUCUGGAAAAGGUCAAGUGGGUGCAGAGAAGAGGUGGCAUUGCAUUGAUUGUGGGAGAUGACAUUCGUGGUGGACCUUUGGUGACGAUGUACGCUCGUGGGGAUACGUCCAACGUCACCAUUCCUUCGGUAUUCAUCUCGCACAUGACGGCGCAGCUACUAUCGAGUCUAAUGCCGUCUGGUGCAUUAUCUGGGAAUCUAGAUGAUGGACUCGGUCAGACCGUCAAAGUUGAUGGCAAGGGAGGUAAGACGGAGAAGGCAAAGCUCACAAGCACCACGGCUUCGGCGAAGGCGACUUCGACUACCAGUGCGAAGAAUGUCAAAGAAGCCAGCACACAAAAUGAGGAUGAGACAACUGACAUCCAUCGAGGAUGGUUCUCUUUCUUCACGGGGAGUGCCACCAAAUCCAAGAAUAGCAGACGACCACCGAGCAGUGGGGAGAUUGACUGGUCUUCCCAGAAGAAGCUCGAGGAUGAUGGUGUCAAGAAGGUCGUCAAGACCGCGUUGACAUCCACCUCCGAGAGCGAUACGCAGCCAAAAAGUGGAAACAGAGAUGGGUUCAUGAUUGGCGUGCAGGACUGGAGAGAUCCCGAUUUGGUCGCAGCAGCAAAGGAGAGCCAGCAGAGUAUCUCGACAUCAGCAAGCUCUACAUCUGCUACACGAUCGAAGACGAGCCAAGUCUCGACAUCUACCUUGCAAGGUGGUAGGAUCACACCCGGCAGCGGCCAAUACAAGAAGUCACAGCACACCGCAGUCGAUCUUCAACAGGGAUCCGAAUCUGACAGCGUCGAUUCAACUUCGCACAAGACAUAUCAAGAUGGCCACCCUGGGCGAUCACGCAGCUGGUUCGGUCGGCUGUUCUUCUCCACGCCGGGCCAGAGCGAUGAUUCAUCACGUCUCGCCGAAGGUCAUUCCGCUUCCGCCUCUUCUACAAACGAUGCCGACGUUUUGCUCCCGCCCACAGACGGCGAAACUGCUCCAGGCGAUGACGAACCUCAUCACGAAGGACUCUGGGUCACCCUCUCCCCAGCAUCCAUGUCUACCUCUCCCUUCUUCGACACGCUGCUCGUGCUUGUCGUCUCACCUCUCGUGACGUUGACCAUCGUCUACGCCAUGCUUCUCCUCCGCUCUCGCAUUCGUCGCCGCCGCUGGCGCGCACCAAAGUCAGUCGUGGAACGCCUGCCCGUCCGAACUUACCAGACCAUGCCGUCGACCACUACGUCCUCUUCUCAAUCUGAAAUCUCCGCCGCGGCCAGCCUACCGGCCAUGUCCACCGCAGUGCCUACCUCACCAACCUCACCAACAACUACCACGCCUCUACUACAAGCAUCCUCCCGCCCAAUCACCACACGCCCUCCUCGUCCUCGAUCACGCACCACCUCCACCAUCCCUCCCGCGUCCUCAUCCCUGCUCUCAACUGACAGCGCAAGUCCGACUCUUGACCAAUUGGAAGAAAAGCGCGCGAGUGGCCUCGCUGAAUGGCGUCGUCGUUAUAGUGGCAAACAGCGCGAAUGCGUGGUUUGCUUGGAGGAGUAUGUCGAUGGAGUCAGUCGGGUCAUGUCGCUGCCUUGUGGGCAUGAAUUCCACGCGGAGUGCAUCACACCCUGGCUCACAACCCGAAGACGAACAUGUCCCAUCUGCAAAGGCGACGUGGUGAGGAGUCUCGCGCGGUCGAGCGGUAGCACGCCUCGCAGCGCCGCCGAAGACUCAUACCUAGCGAGCGAGUCUUUCCCGCCUUCGACGAGCGCGGAGACGAGGAGAGGGUUCGAGCUGGUCGAAGAGGACGAGGAGCGAAGAGGAAGAGUCGAAGUCGCGGAUGAGGAAACCGUGCUGUUGGGCCAUGAAGAUGGCGUUCGAGCACGAGAGGAUGUGAGUCGGGAACGAGAGGCGGAGGAAGACUUGGAGAGAGGCGGUGGGCGAUGA